AUGGACGAUUCUAUUGCCAACAUUAGACUUGCGGUGAGAUAUGUGAGGUCUUCUCCUCAUAGGCAUGAUGCUUUUAAGAAGUUUACAGCCACACUCAAACUUGAUUCAAAAGCUCUUAUAUGCCUAGAUGUACCAACUAGGUGGAACUCUACCUAUUUGAUGUUGGAGGCUGCCGAAAAGUAUGAGAAGACUUUUAACCGCUUAAAGUUUGUGGAUUCCAAUUUUGAACCUUAUUUCAAGGAUGUUGAUGGUGGCAUUAGGAGAAGUCCUAAUGAGUUGGAUUGGAAAAAAUAUAGAUUAUUUUUGAGGUUUCUAAAAUUAUUUUAUCUUACAACUAAGAAGUUUUUGGGGUCUCUCUUUGUUACUUCCAAUGCUUUUUACAAAGAAAUAUUUGUUAUUGAAAGCAAAAUUAACCAAUUAAUUUUGAAGGAGGAUGAUACUUUGAGCACAAUGUUUUGCUUUUCAAAUUUAUUUCUUGGAGAUAAUAAGAAGGUGGAAGAUACGGUAGACAAGGUUAAGGGUUGUUUGAGUCGUUUGUAUAGCCAUUAUGUCACACUUUAUCCUUCAAAUGAGAAACUUCCAAGUGUGAGUGAAGUUGUGAAUAUGGCGGAAGAUAAUGAUAAUGAUCCUUAUUCUUUGGUUAACUCCCAAUUUAAUUCCUAUUUGGAGGGGCGAUGCACUAGUGGAUCUAAGUCGGAAUUGGAACAAUAUUUUUUCGAGGUUGAACAUUUUGCAAAGAAUCAAACAUUUGAGAUUUUGGAUUAUUGGAAGGUGAAUGCAACCAGAUAUAGAGUGCUAUCGCAAGUUGCAAGGGAUGUGUUGGCCAUACCUAUUUCUACCGUUGCGUUGGAGUCAGCUUUUAGUAUCGGGGGAGCAUAUUCUUGA